AUGUCGAGCACCCCCGCCUUGGCCCAUGGCGAGUAUUUGAAUCGUAUGCUGGUACUCGCCGCGGCUGCCACCACCUUCGUCGGGUACGCGAGCAGUGUGUACUGGGAGCGCACGGUAGCACCGUGUCUGUGUCGGCGCCACGAGUCGGCCCUGGAGCAGGAGAUUGCCGAGCUGGAGAGAGAGGCCGAGGAGAUCUGCACCACAUCGAAUCUGUACGAGCACAGCCGCCUUAUGCGUAGGGCGCUGCGACUGCGUCAGGAGUUCGAGGCAGAGCGCCAAAAGCGUCUCGCGUACGCCUUCUCGGCGGCUCGAGUCGUUUCGCCGCUUCUCGGUGGCGUCUCCUUCGCUUCACGGUUUGGUCGGCCAACGCGCGACGCAGCCGCGGUGGGAGUAGCACCUGGUCGAGUAGACAAGGCAGCAGCUGCUGGCAACAAGCCGGGCGCCUUACCAUAUCUUUGCUCCACGACUACCACAUCCGCCCCGACGCGGCACCAUGCCGCCGAGUCUUCAACCGCUGCUCCGCAUCGACUGCAGGUGCUGGUGGAGAGCGCGAUGAAUGUGCUCCGGUACAACGCUGUCACUACCGUCAAGUAUCUCCUGCGUUUUGGAAGCGCUUUGGUCCUCCUGCACGUCUUCGGCAACCGACGUGGGCUCAUGGCGGUUCCACCAUCCUUCGAAGCGACGCUGCGCUACUGCGCCGUCGAGGUGAUGGCGCCGUUACUCCUCAACGUCUUCAUGUACGUGCCAGCUCUCGUCUUUGCACCUGCCAAGCGCGCGUCGUUGGUCAAAACCUACGGAAGCAGGGCUGAGGACGGUGCCGUUGGUGUCAUUCACAGCAGCUUCGCGGAAGCGAUUCCGCCAUCGUCGUCAGCAUCCUCGUUUUCUGCCGUCACUCGCUCCGCGAGUGACGCCGGCGCCGCAGCACCGUUUCAGUGCGCUGACGUUCGCUUCGGUGCAAGCAGUGAUCUCGCGUCGUGGCUCUUGGCGUGCUACCUUGCCUGGUACUUGAUUGUGCGCGUGUUUGAUUGA